AUGGCUUAUGUUCAACGUAACGAAUACGAUAUUAAAAAAACUGGCCGUUCAGUAACAGUUGCCGAUAAUGAUGUUGCAAAAUUUACAAGCUUGAGUGAACAAGAACAGCGACUCGUAUUUGUCUUAUGUGGUACACUGAGUCCUGAUUUAUUCGAUGAUAAAUGUAUAUUUCAAAGUGACGCAUUAUGCGGUGAUACGGCAAAUGAAUUUUAUGAAAUUGGACAGGUAAAAAGUCAACUUUUAGCUGUUCAGUCAAUUGUCAUUGCCGGUCGCACUCGUCAAGUGAAUAAAAUUAUGACUUACAAACCAAUAUGGAUGAAGAAUUAUUACAUUGAUCCAAUGUUACGUUUAGCACGACGUUUUAGUCCAGCACAAAGACAACAAGCAGCUGUAACAUCACGUCGGUCAAAGUCAAGAUGUAUUA